GAAUGUAGCGGUGUCAAAGAAGCAACGUAAACAGAAAGGUCGGUUUAAUUUUUAUCUGCUUUGGUUUACCAGCUCCAGCAUUUCUUCAUCUGUAUCUCUCCGCGACCCCAAAACCUUAAAUACAACACAAUUAAGUUUGUUUAUGCUGGGACGCCAUGCUAAAGGUAGCUUCUUGUGAUCAGCGGGAAGUUUUGCAGGAGUUAAGAUGACUCGGGGUGAGCAGGCAUGGGCUCUGUCCGCUGGGGUUUCCGCUGCGGGUCGUGGACACCGAGCAGGUCCGAAUGGUUGUUCGCUGCUCGGUGUGUCCAGCAAGAAGAGAAGGACAGGAUCGGACAGUUUGUCUUCGCUAAGGAUGCUAAGUCAGCGAUGGCUGGACGGCUGUUGCUCAGGAAAUUUGUUUGUGAGGUGAUGGGAAUCCCCUGGUCACAGAUCAGAUUAAACCGAUCCCCUAGAGGGAAACCAUAUCUAGCUGCCCCUCUCCAGGUCACUCCUGGUUCUGAUCCACCCUGGAGUUUCAACAUCUCCCACCAAGGCGACUAUGCUGUGCUUGCUGCACAACAGGGGAUGCAGGUUGGAGUAGAUGUGAUGAAGACCACACUGCCAGGUAGCAACUCCAUCCCGGAGUUUUUCCGCAUCAUGACUCGUCAGUUUACAGCGCACGAAUGGAGCACCAUCCAAUCAGCAGGCUCGGAGCGCCAGCAGCUUGCCGCGUUCUACCGCCACUGGACCCUGAAGGAGAGCUUCAUCAAGGCCAUCGGCACAGGUCUGGGUUUUAACCUGCAGAGGGCAGAGUUCCACCUGUCGCCCGAGCUGCUCACACAGGGCACGGUGCUGCGCCAGACCAAGAUGCAUCUGGAUGAGGAACCAGAGGAUUUGUGGAUAUUUGAAGAGAGUCUGCUGGACGUUGACCAUCACGUUGCCGUUGCACUCGGACCAGCAGACGAGGCCGGCUCCGCACCUCUUCCUCCUCCCGCCGCGUUCACGCUGCUGUCGUUCGGCGAACUCAUAGCCUCGGCCUCGCCGCUGACAGAAGAAGACGCUGCCUACUGGGAUAGCUUCAGGAUGAAGGCCGAGGCUCCGCAGAGACAGAGGGAUACAUAGAUAUCUGGCUGACAACCUGUCUCACGCUGACAUUCACCUGCCCAACACACACACACACACAAACCUUUCAGAAGUGCCAAGGAGGAAACACAAGUUCACUGACAUUGAAGCUGCUUUCUUAUUCCACACAAGUCCAGUCAAGUGCUGUCAAGUUUCUUUGCAGACCUAAAAAUCUGAAGUUUGCCUCCAAGGAAUCAGCACCAUCUAUCUUUGGAACUCUGCCGAAGAAGGAACGUCUUUCAACUCGCAGAAGCUGUUCAACUUUUCAUGCUGUUUGGAUUUGCGCUGUGCUUUUCUUCCAGUAUUUUUUUCAGCAUGAUGAGGAUCUUUCUUGAAGAGCCUAAUUGAUAUUUGAAAGAUAAGUGGAAGAUAAAUGCAUAAACUUCGGCCAAGGUAAAUUAUGCUAUAGAAGCGUAGAUAUUUACAUUUCUGAUAUCUGAACUCACAGAUGAUAUAUAUAUUUCUACAGGAUAUACGAAUUUAUUUUCCAAAGUGGUCUAAGUAUUAUUUUUUUAUUAAUCAAUUUGUUUUCCGUGCCUCUCAUGAUGCUCAUGAUGAUGAUGACGGUAUGUUCAUUUGUCAAAAUCUGGCCUAUAAUGUUGUAUUCAAUUAUAAAAUAACAAUGUUAAUAACAAUGAGUGAUACAUUUCCCUCACUAAGACUCUGGAUAAUAUUGAUGUAAAAGUUCAGGAGAAAUACAAAAACACUUCCGCCUUCUUA